CACGAGAACGGCUGCUGGGAGUGUGGCGAAAGUGCGGCUGCGGAAGCGGAGCGAGACCUGAGAGAAGGAAGCGAGCGCCAGGGCCUGGUUGCGGGGUUCCUGGCACCAUGGGCCGCCUGCACUGCACGCAGGACCCGGUGCCCGAGGCCGUGCGCGGCGACAUGCAGCAGCUGAACCAGCUGGGCGCGCAGCAGUUCUCGGCCCUGGCAGAAGUGCUUUUCCAUUUCCUAACUGAGCCCAAAGAGGUAGAGCGCUUUCUGGCUCAGCUCUCUGAAUUUGCCACCACCAAUCAGAUCAGUCUUGGCCCCCUCAAAAGCAUCAUGAAAAGCCUCCUUCUGGUUCCAAAUGGUGCCUUGAAGAAAGGCCUCACUGCAGAGCAGGUGCGGACUGAUCUCCUGACCCUAGGUCUUAGCGAAGAGAAAGCCACUUACUUUUCUGAAAAGUGGAAGCAGAACGCCCCGACCCUCGCACAGUGGGCCAUAGGUCAGACCCUGAUGGUUAACCAGCUGAUUGAUAUGGAAUGGAGGUUUGGAGUGACAUCUGGAAGCAGUGAAUUAGAGAAAGUGGGAAGCAUAUUUUUACAGUUAAAGUUGGUGAUUAAGAAAGGAAAAAAAACUGAAAAUUUGUAUAUAGAAUUAACCUUGCCUCAGUUCUACAGCUUCCUGCACGAGAUGGAGAGAGUCAGAGGGAGCAUGGAGUGCCUCAGCUGAUCCUGCUUCUUGUUUCCUUGCUCCUGCCUCUUCCCUAGUGGCUACUCCAGGGUCCCAACUGCCUUUCAAGGCCACGCGCAAAGUAUUUCUAAAAACAAGAGUCUCAGUGCUUGAGGAGCUGCCUGAUUCUUCUGUAAGCCCCAUUGGGAGCCCCCUGGGUGACUUUACACCCAGACAGCCACCGUAUCUGGGACUGCUUUCUUUCUUCUGGGAGGCGGGUAUUGUCACCUCCCAUUCAAGAGUAAACAAACGGUUCAGUUCCUUCAUUCAUGUGGUUGAGUACUUGUGGCUGAGGAAGAGGCCAAAGGUGUGGACUGCGGCUCAGGAGUGGUCUCAUUCUGAGGGGGAAGGGCAUUGCCUGCCAGUCCUCUGUGUAAAAGCCUGUGCUUAGUCUUCUCUAGAAAGAACUGAGGCCAGACUAUCUCUGGUUUUGUCUCUUUGUCUUUUGUGUUAUAAGGAGAUAGGCCUUUUGAGGCCAUCUUAGAUUGUUUUGGUUCCAGAAGUCGAACCACCUUUUGGUAAAUUAAAGGAGAAACAGUUGGGA